AUGUCUUUAGGUUUUAUUUAAUUAGGAUAAUGUGGUAACUAGAUUGGACAUGCGUUGUUUGAUUUUAUGAUUUAAGAAACUUAAAUGUCUAGUCCAGGAGCUUAGGCUCUUCUGAAUGAAAUUUUCUUUUUUGAGCGGAAAAACAAAUAGAUUGCAAAAUCAUUGUUGAUUGACAUGGAGCCGAAAGUAGUUGAGAGAUGUCUGAAGGCUGAAUAUUAUGAUAAGGCAUUUAGUUUGACAAAAUAGGAAGGAUCAGGGAACAAUUGGGCAUAUGGAUUCAACAAUCAUGGUCCUGCAAAUAAGAAUGCGAUUCUUCAGAUAAUGGAUACUUUGUUGGAAGAGUGUGGAUAUUUGGAAUCUUUGUUUUUCAUAUCUUCAUUGGCAGGUGGAACUGGUUCUGGUUUAGGAUCGUAUAUUUUGGAAUUGAUGGCUGAUCGAUAUCCUGAGAUCGAAUUGUUUAACAUUUGCGUAAUGCCUCAUUUAACAGGAGAGGUGAUAUUGCAAUCCUUAAACACAGUCUUGACCAUAGGUUCAAUAUACUAGCACAGUGAAGGGAUAAUUUUAUUACAAAAUGAUGAGGCUCAAGCUUUAUGCAAUAAUCUCCUGAAUUUGAAGAGUCCAAGUUUGAAUGAUAUCAAUCAGGUGAUGUCCACAAAUUUGGCCAGUUUCUUUUGGCCUUGUCUGACAAAUCAAGUGUACAGUACAUUUCACAAUAAUCUACAAUAUGUGUAAGAGUUACUGAAUAUCACUAACAAUCAAUACAAAUUGCUCUAGUUGAAUUAGAUCCCGUAAUUGCCGUAGCAAUCUAAGGCCUUCCAGAAUGACACUUGGUCUGCCUUAGAAAAACGAAUUUAGUAGAUGGUGUUGACUGGAACGAAGGAAUAUAAUAUCAAUUGGCAUAAGAAGGGAUAAUAGCCAUUCAAGCAGUUGAUGAUUGCAAGAGGGAACGACGUGAAAAAGCAUCAGUUCAAUUGGAACACGGUGUAGGAUGAACAUCAGUUUAAUAAGAAUGAGAAAUCAAUAACAGUAGUGCAUAAUUCGAGCAAUAUUGUAGAAUCAUUAAAUUAGAUAUCAGACAGAGCAAAUUAAAUGAUUUAAGAGAGAGCAUAUCUGUAUCAAUACGAGAAGUUUGGAGUUAAGAUUCAACACUUUUAGGAGAGUAUGGGAGUGGUGGAAGGUAUAAUAAAUGAUUAUGAAUAAUUAAUUUAAUGA